CGCAGUUAUUUGCAUAUUUCUACCUUUGUUCCUUGCCGGCGGCCAAUCAGCGCGCCGGGCGAGGCGGGGGGGGCUGGGCGGGGCUCAGGCUCCGGCUCCCGCUGCGGCGGCCGCAGGUUCCAGAGCGGGUCGGAGCCGCCCCGGGGUUGCCGCGCAGUGCAGCCCUAGCCCCGGGCUCACCGCUCGCAUCUGCGUUUCUGCCUGGCUUCGGCCAGGCCCAGACGCGAGGACAAAGAGGCUGUCGGCGAGGCUCCGCCGGAGCCAGAUUUACCUGCACUUGCCGGGAACCACAGGCUGCAAUAUGGUUUGCGGGGGCUUCGCGUGUUCCAAGAACUGCCUGUGCGCGCUCAACCUGCUCUACACCUUGGUUAGCCUGUUGCUGAUUGGAAUUGCUGCCUGGGGCAUUGGCUUCGGGUUGAUUUCCAGUCUCCGCGUAGUCGGCGUGGUCAUUGCGGUGGGCAUCUUCUUGUUCCUGAUCGCCUUGGUGGGACUGAUUGGAGCCGUGAAACACCAUCAGGUGUUGCUAUUUUUUUACAUGAUUAUUCUCUUACUUGUAUUUAUUGUUCAGUUUUCUGUAUCGUGUGCUUGCUUAGCCCUGAACCAGGGGCAACAGGGUCAACUUCUGGAAGUUGGCUGGAACAAUACAGCAAGUGCUAGAAAUGACAUCCAGAGAAAUUUAAACUGCUGUGGGUUCCGAACUUUUAACCCAAAUGAGACCUGUCUGGCUAGCUGUUUUAAAAGCAGCCGCUCUUGCGUACCAUGUGCUCCGAUAAUAGGAGAAUAUGCUGGAGAAGUUUUGAGAUUCGUCGGUGGCAUUGGCCUCUUCUUCAGUUUUACAGAGAUUCUGGGUGUUUGGCUGACCUACAGAUACAGGAACCAGAAGGAUCCUCGUGCUAAUCCUAGUGCAUUCCUUUGAUGAGAAAACAAGGGAAAUCUUUCAUAUUCUGAUCUUGUUCACUUUCUCUAACUUUAAGUUAAGCUAUUUUGCCUGUUUAAGGAAACAAUGUCUGAAAAAUUACAUGAUUGACAGUGGAAUUAUAUAUUUUUACUCUUAGGUUUCUCUAAAUGUUUUUCUUUUUCCAUUGCUGAAAAAAAGUUGAAACUUGUGGUCUCCUCUGAACCUCAGUGGUCCCUGUAAUCUACUGUAUUCAGUGUCUGGCACUGUCCACUGUGGCCUUUCUUAGCAUUUUUACCUGCAGAAAAACUUUGAAUGGCACUAUUGUGUUGAUCAUAUUGUGACUCUAAAUAGACAUCUCACUGGAAUAAUUAGUUGUAUGUAGCACUGUGCUGUGGAGAUAGUUCCUUACUGGAAAAAAGAAUUGAUGUUUAUUAAAGCCAGAAAGUAUGCGAUUCUUUUAUGUUAAGUUCAAUAAGGGAAAUGUAAGUUCCCAAAUUUUUUUGUCUUUUUAGGAAAGGUGUAUUGUGGUAAAAAUUGUUAAUAUAAAAGUGAUAAUUUAGUUCUAGUAGUCUUUUAUGAUUACACUAAUGUAUUCUAGAAAUAGCUAUGUCUUUAGGAAAGUGUAGUUUAGUUUUUGAUUUUUACAGUUAACUGCGAAAGAGAAAUGGUCUCAUGAAAUGUUCUCAUGUACAUUUGCCUCCAGCCUUGAAAAUGGAAUGUUUGAGAAAUUCCGAAAGUAUACCUAUAUAAUCUUGAUGUGUUUUUAUAAUAAUUUGAAGUCCAAAAGACUGCAUUUUUAACCAAGUUACUCUUAAUGCAUUGGCCCACGUAGCAAAAAGAUACUUGAUUAUCUUAUAAAUUGUUAAAUACCUAUUUCAUGAAAUUUCUCAGUAUUGUAACAGCAACUUGUCAAAUCCAAGCAUAUUUGAAUGUGAUCUCCCAUAAUUUGAAAUUGAAAUAGUAUUGUGGUUCUGUAUAUUAUGUUUAAAAAUUAAAGGAUGGAAACCUUUCUUUGUGUAUGAAUGUUUGAAUUAAAAGAAAGUAAUGGAAUAAUUGAUAAAUGAA